AUGGAAUCCCCCGCAAUCCCGGUCCCGCUGGAUCCGCGGGAACAGCCCAUCCUCGAACGACUGCUCCGAACUCGCGACGCCCUCUUGCUCAUCAAACAGGACAAGUCGUCAUACAUUAAAUCACGCGAUGUUCUCCCGCACUAUGAGGAAGUAAUCGCGGAAGUCGAGAAGCUCAAUUCAGCGCGCAAAGAGCAGGAUCGCCGCUUGAUUCAUAAUCGCUUGGACUAUGUUCUGGACGACUGUUUCCAAUUGAUUUCGCUUCUAUUUUUGACGGUGGGGAGGAACAAUGAAGCUCCUGCAGUCUAUUCCUUGGCGACCACGAUUCAGCGCUUGCUCGACCAUCUCGAAGAGGCUGGAUUUUACAGUUCUAAAGAUCUGAAUUCGAUCACUAAGACCCUGGAGUCUACUCGCGAAACACUAGAGCGUGGACGUGAUACAUACUCACCGGCUCUUCUCACACUCUUGGAAAGCCGCUUGGAGCAAUGCGAAAUCUCUUUGAAGAAGCUGCAGAAGGGUCUCGCUGCGUUAUCCCCUCCUUUGGCGCAGACACACGAGACGCUAGUCUCAGUUCUGCGAUCAACAUCCGCGGUUAACACUCGCUCCAAAUUCUCAGCAUCGGAGGUCAAUGGUCUACGGGAACAACUGAAAAAGAUCGAGAAGGGAAUGAAAGACGGCAACUUUAUCGAUGCCGAGGGAAAUAUUCUCGCGGGGCAGGACGAAGUCAAAUCUUUGCUACACCGGUGCUGGCGAUGGACCGAGAUUGUGCUUGAGCGAGAAGGCAAAAUUGACGAACGGUUCCGAGACCAAUACGACCGACUGCUGGAAAUUCGCAACCAAUUGGACCGCUUGUCCGUAACUCAAGCCUGGUCUCUGCGAGAGACAGAUCUCUUUGGAUACCAGCGGAAGCUCGACCGAAUUGACGAGGCGCGUUCUAGUGGAAAUUUCGUUGAUGCAGAGGGUCAGCCUGCCGACCUGCAUGCACAGCGGACACUGCUUUACCUCAUCCGUCGCAGUUAUGCAUACAUCUACGCGUUAUUGAUUUCAUCCGAGCCCGUAUCUGAAGCUCUUCUGCCUGUCUAUAAUCAACUCCAAACUCUGCGCCGCUGCUUGAUUGAAGUCAAAGAGUCUGGAGGAGUCUCAAACUCGCGUGAACUUUACCCUUACAGCAUGAAGCUGAACUCAAUUGACAACAUGCGAGUCGAUGGGAAGUUCUACGUGGGGCCCGACAUUCCCGAAGGCCAGGGCAGUGUGAACAACCUGCUCGCCGAGUGCUAUGAUUUUGUCUGGGAACUGCGCGCUGCAGUGGUUGAUGAAGAAGAACAGUCCUAG